GCCCGAGGUCCGGAUGCACAACGCGAGCUCCUCUUCCCACGUCGGCUGUCCCGGCGAGCGCAACCUCGGCUCCUGUCGCGCCCAACGAAAGGAUGUUGGGGACUCGGGGCGUCCGGCGCGGCCUGGAGUGGCUACUGGGGCUCUUCUUCCUCUUCCACAUCCCCAUCACCCUGCUCUUGGACCUGCAGGUUGUGCUGCCGCGCGAACUCUACCCCUUCGAGUUGAGAAACCUGCUAAAGUGGUAUGCUAAGGAGUUCAAAGAUCCUCUGCUACAGGACCCCCCAACAUGGUUUAAGUCUUUCAUGUAUUGCGAGCUUGUGUUUCAGCUGCCCUUCUUUCCUGUUGCAACAUACGCCUUUUUCAAAGGAGGCUGCAAGUGGAUCCGCACCCCUGCAAUCAUCUACUCAGUUCACGUCAUGUCACUUGUAAUUCCAAUUCUCUCCACAUUUCUAUUUGAGGAUUUCUCCGAAGCCAAUGGUUUCAAAGGACAAGGACCUAAGACUUUCCACGAACGGCUAACCCUCAUAUCUUUCUAUGCCCCCUACUUUCUCAUCCCUCUUAUGCUUCUCUUUUUCAUGUUGCGGAGCCCCUAUUACAAGUAUGAGGAGAAAAGAAAGAAAAAAUGAGGGAAAUAACAAUUGGCCUAAGGAGAGAUGCCCAGAGGGCAGUUUCCUGUUGGACCCAAUACAAAGAAAAUUGCUCAGAACCCUUCACAUCUUCAGUAGCAUUUGAAACACCAGCAGCAACACACAAGAGCAAGGCACUGGCAGAAGCCACAUCAAAUCAUCACCUUCCAAGGGUACUGGCACAAGCAGACCGAUCACCGGAGGAUGGGCAGAGGGGUACGGCCUGGUUAUAGGAAAGUGAUGCCAAAUACCUCAGUGUGCGCCAAAGUUCCAUUGCAGGAUUGCUAAACGCAGGACCAGACCAGAAAUUGGAUAAACUUCCAAGAAGCAUGGCCUGCUUGGCAUGUUCACGACCUAUAGUAUACAGGUGACUAAACCCUCAUGUCACUCUGUACCAUAUCGCUAAUCUGCAACACGAAUAGGGGGAUGUUUCAGGCCAUUUUUAAGUUUGAAAUUAUGCCUCUAAUCAGUAAAAACUAUCAUGUUUUCUUGCUCUCACUUCUGGGAGAGGAGGUGGUGAGAAAAUAUUCUGCAAGAGGUUUAAAGUUAGUUUUCCUUAAGGUUCAGCCCUGGCAUGACUUUCAGUCAGAAAUGGGUUAAACUGGACGGUGUUUUGUCUAUCUUUAAAAGCUUGUCCCAGUAGGAUUUUUAAGUUUCUUUGUUUACCCUCUUACAAAACCUUAGUCUUAUAUAUAUCUUACAGACCACCUGACAGAAGUCACUUUACUCUGAAGUCUGGUGUCUCACAACUAAUCUGGAAGUGUGCUUCCUACUGGAUAACUUCGUCCUUCCUAAUACUUUAAUCAAGCCUUCUCAUCUUAUUCUUCUGUCAAAGUGGGGGGAUAGUGGCCAUGACAUGUCCAGUGUGUGCAUAUAGGGUAGUUGGUGUUCCAUUAGCUUUCUCUAAAUUCAUACAGAAGGCCAACUCAAAAACAAAAAAGUCUUGUAAACACUUAUAGAAAACAGUAAAAACCACUCCCAGUUAGCUCCUUCUUUUUGACUGUUCUGCUCACAAGCUGUAUUACUCUUGUUGGGAGUAUCACCUGACUCGUGUCUGGUCCAAAUAAAGGUAGCUGCUGACCACUG